CAAGGCUUUCAGUUUACAUUCGUGGAAGACAGCAGUGCGCAUUAUGAACAAUAGGGACAUAAUGUUGAUUGGUCAUUAUGAAAAGACGGGAAACUAAGAAUUGCUAUGCUUCUGAGUUGCUUCUAAAUUUCUUGUAAUAGCUAGCAAUUCUUUCGAGAUACCUUGACAUCAUGAAAAACAUUUAAUGCAGAGAUGUCUUUCGUUUGAGUAUAAUCGCACUAAGAGUGGUUAAUAUGAUCUUAGAGGCAGUUUUUUUCUUGUUUUUGUAUAACAUUGCUCCCAGCGUCUCCAGAACGCACGAAGAUACCUACUUCCCAGGAAACGUAACAGAAACGAUUUUCAAUGUGGAGUGGAUUACAUGUCUCCAAGCGUGCCACAACCAUCCUGAAUGCAUCUCGUACAACUACCAUAAAGACAACAACACAUGCGAGAUAAACUCCGAUGGCCUUAAGGAACAAUGCGACAGCAGGUCGAAGAUAUACUCAAGAGGUUGGACCUUCCAUCAGAUAAGACCCGUUCCGGAAGAGAAACCUGUACCAGAAUUAGGAGAUCAUCCUAGCACAGCAGCCGAGACUUGCGAAGAAAUCUUCAAUAAAAGGAGAAGUGCUCCGAGUGGUGCUUAUUACAUUAGGAUCGGUGACAAAGCACACUUGGUGUAUUGUAAAAUGGAAAAUACAACAUGCGGCGAAGGAGGCUGGGCACUAGUUAUGAAAAUAAACGGCAGUAAGACAACGUUUGCAUACUCCAGCCCUCUCUGGAAAAACAUAGAUUCCUACAAUGAAGAUGGAGGAAGAGAUUUCAGUGACACGGAAACAAAAGUUGGUCCUUUAUUUGGUUCGUUUACCUUCAAAAAAGGCUUAUGUGUUGGAAUGAAAAUUGGGGGUCAUACUAAAUGGUUAUUGCUAACCGAAAUAAAAAACACCAACUUAAUGGGUAUAUUUUCUCGAGAAGGUCCGGAGGGAUUCACUCUCGGUCGCUCGAAGUGGAAGUCGUUGAUUGAGGGAUCAUCUAUGCAUAAUUCAUGUACCACCCCCAAGGAAGGGUUUAACGUUCAUGCCUCCAAUGGAGCAGAUGGCGCUAAAGCUCGAAUAGGACUUAUAGGAUACAAGGACUGCGAAGGCGAACCCAUGUCACGGAUUGGGUUUGGAACCGAAGGAAGCAGCGGAGGAAUGGACACAAGCAACACGUGUGGAAACGAGGCUACAGCUAGCGCCGAUAACGGCAAUAAAACAAUUAAAGCAUUCUGUUAUAUCUUACUUAAAUAGUUCACAUCAUAAAAUACGGUAUUUUGAAAGUUAUGGGGUGUCUUGUACUUUGGAAGAAAUAGACCGAGCUAAAAACACCGUGAAGUAAAUCGCCUAUAUAGUCCUUAAAAAGCGCAAACAAAAUUAAUGCAGGAGCUCAACUACCCCAUAUUUCUGUCACGGCGUUUUCACAGAACGAUCUUUUUUUAGUUUGAAUUUACCGGGAAUUCAGACCCCCGCAGGAACCUAAGCGACCAAUCAUAGGCAAAGACUAAAUUUUUAACUGAAGUCAUCAUUUCACCGGAAGAUUAAGCCGACAUGUCCACCUGAGCGGGCCACCAUUUUUUUCUUACCGAUGCGCGGUCAAGUAGACCGGAACUGCAUGACCUAUUUUAUCGCGGGCAAAGAAGCCUAAAAUUAGAACGGUCUGUAAAAAUGCCGUGACAGAGGUUUAGUAUGGGAGUUGCACGCUCUCAGUGAAGGGUUCCUGCUUAAUGUUAUCUAAAUAAAUAAUGGUAAUAGGACUGAGUAGAGUCCAAUUCGGUCUGUAGUCAUACGCGUGACUAACAAAAUCGGA